AUGACCGUUUCAGCCGGAUCAUCCCUUAAGAUGUCGUGGUCCAGGGGAAAACAAUCUUCUGGUUGGACAGCUUUUGAUCUCAAGCAGAAAAACAAGAACAAUAUCGAAUCGGAAGUUGACAAGGAUCCUUUCCCACCUAUAGGCUCAUCUGGUUCUAUGCAGCAUGGUGAUAAGUUAGAGGGUGGGAAUGGCCAAAAGGCGGUGUUUGGUUAUGAUUCUGAUAAAAAAUCUUGUGGAACUACUGCUCAGGAAGACGUUAAUUUAGUUGCUAAAAAACUCAAAGAGCAGCAUCCUUGGGCUGAAAAUAGCUUGAUUGAUGAUAUCUUGGCUGCCGUUAAUAAUAGUGUUGAUAAGGCUGUGGCUUUAUUGGAAACAAUGGCCUCUGCAGACAAUUUCAAAGAAUGCAAAUUGUGGAGCUAUCUUCACUCAAGGCCAACUAAUUCUAAGACGGGUGAAAGUCACACUUUAGAAAUGGUCAAAGAUGACAUUCUAUUUAAUUCUAGUAUUGUUGAUCGUCUCCAAGAUAACGAUAAAGACUCGGAGAAUAGAAAUUCUUCCUCAGGUCAGAAGUUUUCUGAUGUCAGUAACCUGAAAUACAAAAUGGACCUCUUGAAUUCCAUUCCAGUCGAGCCUGAAUGGGAAGAGGACGACAUCUACAGCAGCCAUCGAAAGGAUGCAUUGAAGACAAUGAGGUCAGCAUCACGACAUUCUAAGGCAGCUGCCAACGCCUUUCUAAAAGGCGAACAUUUUUCAGCCCAACUACAUUCAUCGAGAGCUAGGGAGGAAUGGCAUAAUGCAGAAAAACUUAAUUCUGAGGCAGCCACUAAAAUUUUGAGUAUCAGGAAUAGUGAUAAUGAUAUCUCUAGAUUGGAUUUGCAUGGUCUUCAUGCAACCGAAGCAGUUCAAGCAUUGCAAGAGCAUCUUCGUAGAAUUGAAAGUCAAGGCUUCUCGAAAAGCUCAGCCCCUUCGAAUGGUGUGAAGAAGAAUGGCCGCGCACAUUCUCUAGGAUCUCUUAACUUCAUGGAAUGGGAAAAUUUAGAUAAGCCAUUAAGGCUUAGAUCAUUAGCUCUACAUGUCAUAACAGGCGUUGGCAAUCAUAGCCGAGGACAAGCUGCUCUUCCUACAGCUGUAAGAAGUUUUCUCAGUGAAAACAGAUACCGAUUUGAGGAGAUGAGACCAGGAGUAAUCACAGUGUGGCCCAAGUUUCGGCAGAGUUGA